AUGUUACACACCCGCAUUCUGAGCCUUGCCCACCCCUCCUCCUCCUGCCUCUCCACCUCCCUCUUCCUCCUCUUCCUCCUGGGGCUCACCCACCUCUCUCAGGCUGGCUCAGACCAUGCAGCACCCAGCAGCCCGCCCAGCAACUGCUCCGAUGGCGACCCCUGCUCUGAGGGUGUGGUCCUGCCCAUGUGGAACCCUCAGAACCCGUCGGUUGGUGACAAGGUGGCACGGGCCAUCGUCUACUUUGUGGCCCUCAUCUACAUGUUCCUGGGAAUGUCCAUCAUCGCCGACCGCUUCAUGUCUUCUAUUGAGGUCAUCACCUCUCAGGAGAAAGAGAUCACCAUCAAGAAGUCCAACGGAGAGACCACCACAGCCACUGUACGCAUCUGGAACGAGACCGUAUCCAACCUGACCCUGAUGGCCCUAGGCUCGUCUGCCCCAGAGAUCCUGCUGUCUGUCAUCGAGGUGUGUGGCCACUCGUUUGAGGCAGGCUCUCUGGGCCCCAGCACCAUCGUGGGCAGCGCAGCCUUCAACAUGUUCGUCAUCAUCGCCCUCUGUGUGUACGUGGUGCCAGAGAACGAGACACGCAGGAUCAAGCACCUGAGGGUGUUCUUUGUCACGGCAGCCUGGAGCAUUUUUGCUUACAUCUGGCUCUACCUGAUCCUGGCUGUCAUCUCCCCGGGGGAGGUGGAGGUGUGGGAGGCCGUGCUCACCUUCAUGUUCUUCCCCAUCUGUGUGGUUCAGGCCUGGGUUGCUGACCGACGCCUGCUCUUCUACAAGUACAUCCACAAGCGUUACCGUGUCGACAAGGCCCGCGGCAUCAUCAUCGAGACGGAGGGGGACGGCAUGUUCACCAAGAUGGACGUGGAGAUGGACGGCCAGAGUGGCAACUCCCACCCCCACCCCAAGGAGGUGCUGGACAGCAUGCUGGAGGGGGUGGAGGAGGGUGGAGGAAUGAACUCAGAAGAGGAUGAGGCUCGGAGGGACAUGGCCCGCACCCUGAAGGAGCUGAAACAGAGGCACCCAGAGAAGGACACAGAGCAGCUGAUUGAGAUGGCCAACUACCAGGUGCUGGUCCAGCAGCAGAAGAGCAGAGCUUUCUACCGUAUCCAAGCCACGCGCAUGAUGAUCGGUGCUGGUAACAUCCUGAAGAAGCAUGCUGCCGACCAGGCCAGGAAGGUGGUGAGCUGCCAUGAGGCCAGCGGACAGGAAGAGGACCCCCACACCAUCUACCUGCAGUUUGAACCCUCCCACUACCAGUGCUUCGAGAACUGUAGCUCGCUCAAGCUGUCUGUUGGGCGCCAUGGGGGCGAAAGCGGCUGCACAGUCAAGGUCAAUGGGGACAAGCUACUCACAUUUGUCUUUGUGAUUAAUUAUAUUGUAUAAUGGAAAGAUUAUUAUGUUGAAAAUCACUCAAGCUAAAUGUAAUAAUGGGAAAGGUUUUUAGAUGAGAUAAGGGUCGAGCCAGGGGGGCAUUUUCUCCAGUAAUUACUCUUGUCUAGUGAAUUAAUUGAAUUGUCAUUGAGUUGGUUUUGUUCCUGGGUCACCUCAGGUGGACUACAGGACAGAGGAUGGCACGGCCAACGCCGGCUCAGACUAUGAAUUUGCUGAGGGCACGCUGGUCUUCAAACCUGGUGAGACACUGAAGGAGCUGACCGUGGGGGUUAUUGAUGAUGACAUCUUUGAAGAGGACGAGCACUUCUAUGUGCACCUCAGCAACCCUCGCAUCGUCCACCGUGCCGAGGUGGCCAUCCUAGAGCCCAGCACCAUCACCACCACCAGCAGUAUGAGGAACCUCUCCCCCCACGUAUCCCCCAAGGCCGCCCUCGGCAACGCCCACACCGCCACGGUAACCAUCUAUGACGACGACCACGCAGGCAUCUUCACGUUUGAAGUAGAGUCGAUGAGGGUGAGCGAGAGCGUGGGCAGCAUGCAGGUGAAGGUGCACCGGAUGUCCGGAGCCAGGGGCAAGGUGGCCAUCCCCUACCACACCCUGGAGGGCACCGCCAAGGCUGGGGAGGACUACGAGGAGGUGGCUGGGAAACUGGAGUUCCAGAACGACGAGACCAUGUGA